UUACCCCAUAAGUCUCAGCGCCGGACAGAGGAGGCCAUUUCUUACCAAGCACACGUGUUUUAGAAAAGCGUGGAAAGGCUGCCGAGAGGAAACAUGGACUCCUUCACCACCCCCGUCAGAACUUCGGACUUUGUUUUAGCCCCGAGGGUCUUUGACCGUCCACGGAAAAGACGUUACAUCAGCGACAGUUCUGAGGAGGAGGGUGUGACUUUGGGGAGCCCUUUGGCCCAGCCGUUGUUGGAUACGCCGGACCCCGACCCCAAAACCCUCGUGAGACACCCCGAGGAGCCUGAUGGUCUCUCUUUGUCCACCCCCUCAGAUUGCCACUUGGGAGAGUCACCGGUGGACAAGGCAAACGGAAAAGAAGGCGCUCAGCAGCUCGACGAUGCCUUUCUAGAGGACCCAGAGCCCCUGGACAGCGUUGCAUCAAGCAGCGAAGAUGAACCGGGCCCACCAUGUUUUUGCUCAACACCAAUACAAAUUGUUGAAGAGGGCUCCGAGGAUGAUGGGUUUGAGGAAUUUAGGAGGAGGCUUGGCAUAGAACUAUCCGAGCCAGUGCCACGUCGUGAGCGUAAAAAAGUUAUGCGGACUAUUGUACGCGUUGCUGUUUAUGCUGUUCUUAAACACUGCCUUAGGGAAAAGCUUUUUGAAGAUUGUGAGGGCUGUGCUAUAGAUGCGCCAGCCCAACGACACCAUGACUGUGUGACUUGGACUUCAGUGGAUAUAAACUGCAAGCUCCGGGCCCUGUGUGCUGAGCUGUGUUUGGAAAGCUUAUUAAACACUGUUAUUGCCAUAGGUUAUGCUAUGCAAUGUCUGUACCUAACCCAAGAACAUUUAGCACAAGGGGUGACUUUGAUAAAUGCUGUGCAAUUCAGUGAAGACCCUGACCGUGUUUUAAAGAAAAUGACCAAGCCGGAAGAUGCCUGCUUACAACGUUAUAUUGAUCGUCUAGUUCGCACAAAAAGUUACAGAACCCUGCUUAAGAAAAAGACUAUUUGUAAGAAAUCUAAAAGGCUUAAGUUAGAGAAUGGUGAGGAGGCAAACAUGUGAUAUAAAACUUGGUAGCUGUAAAUUUAAAAAAAAAAAGGGGGUUGUGAUUAUUGUGUUUUGUUAGAAGGCCUUUUGCCCUUAAGUUUUAAUGAAGCAUCUUGGUUUGUUUUGAAGGAGUUGUAUGUCUUUUUAAAAUAAAAUAGUUUGUGAGAAUUA